GGAAACGGGACUUGUUGCUCAACGUAACUGUUAGUUGGCACCUGCCAUUUUUUAGCGCUGCCCAAAACAACGUAUAGGAAAGCCAGGAUCCGCGAACGUUUCUUGAUUUAGAGACCGAGAACAAGAGCGAAGCUUGUGCUACGUGCGUCACCCCAGGAACCGCCAGAGAUGCUCGUCGCCCUCUUAUGCGCCUGUCUCGCAAGCGCCGCCCUCUCGACGCCCGUGCUGCUGCCGCUCUCCGGGAAAGCCGGCGAGAACUGCGGGGGCCAGCACCGGAUACUGCUGAAAGGCUGCAAUGUCAAGCACGGGUUUUACGUCUUUAAAUACGUGUACUCAUUUUCGGCGCGGCGAAACCAGACCCAGGUGAAGAAGGAAGAGGCCGUCGCUCAGACCAACGUCUCGCGUCCCCAGCCCAGCGAGGGGGAGGCGCUGAGGGGGCUGGCGGAGGGCGGCGCGGCCGGCGGGAGAGGGGACGACGGCAGCUCCCCGCCGGAGCACGCCGGGCCGGAGAACGGCAGCGCCGAGGAGGGCGGGCGGCCGCCCAGCACCGCGGGCAGUGCCGGCAGCGGGGAGGCCCGUCGGCCUGACCCCGGGGCCGGCACAGGCGACGGUGACGGCGGCGGCGGCGGCGGCGACGCUAGCCCAGCUCCGGGCGCCGAGGGCAGCGGCGACCCCGAUUUCCUGGACGGGCUGGAAAGUGGCGUUUCGGUCCUGCCCCAACGCCCGGUCACGGCCCCGCGGGAGCACGAGGCCACCGGGGAAGGUGCCGACGGGGCCGGGUUGGAGGCAGCCGGCCUCGGGGAGCCGGAGGCAGCCGGGGAGAGGAACGGCUCCCGCGCUGGAGAGGCGGCCGGCGACAGCCACGAGGACGAGCGGGCCCCGGAGGUGGUGACGGCAGGACAGCGGCCGGCUGCCGGGCCGGCGGAGGCCGCCGCCGCGGGGGCCGAGGCGGAGGGCAGCGGUGACGCCGGUGUGCCGGGCGCUGCCCGAGGCGGGGACCGCGGCCCGGCCACCGUGGGAGACGCCACCUUCACGUCCGUCACCGAAAACGCUGAGGACGUGGAAGUCGACGCGGCCGGCGUGGACGAAUACACCUACAUCCCGGACGCCGGCGCGGCCGCCGUUACCCGCGGGGCGACCCGGGCGGGGAGGGCGGGUCUCACCCAGACCCCUGCCGAGGCGGACGACGAAGUCAACGUCUUAAUCGGGAAGGCCAACAUCCACGUCGGGGAGCGCGGGAUCGCCUCGGCGCGCCCAGGCGACGGCGGCCGCGACGCCCUCCCCGCCACGGCGGGGCACGGCGGCCGCCCCACCGCCCCCAGCACCGCCGCGGCGCGCGACGGAGGCCAGCGCGUCCCCGCGAGCCGGCGCGAUGGCGGCGGGGCCCAGGGAGCAGCCACCGCGGUGGACCCCGGCGACGGGGACAGGGACAGGGACGGGGACGGGGACGGGCCGGCGGCCGCCACGGUGCGGCGGGAGGGCAACGGCGACGACAGCAGCGCCACGACGGUGCCGCGGCAGGCCCAGGGCGACUGCACCACGGCCGGCGGGGCGGCAGCCGGCCGGCCCGGGCCAGGCGGGAGCAGCCGAGCCGGGCCGCGACCCACCGGGCCGCGGGGCCGGCAGGAGGGCGCCGGGCUCCCCAAAUCCCCGCGGCGGGGAGACGAAGGCGGCGCUAGCCGUGGCAGAGCCGGUGACGGCGGGGGGACGCCGGCGGCCGGACAAGCCCGGCUGGCGGAGGCCGGCGGGGCCUCCCGCGGCGGCGGCGGCGGCGAGCCGGCCCAUCCCCAUCCCCGUCCCCGUCCCCGUCCCCUCAGCGGCGGGGCGGCCGGACGCGGGACAGCUCGCGGCCACGGCGUGGUGCCCGCCGCCCGCCGCGGUAGCAGCGUCGGCGAGGCGGGGGGCGGCGGGGGGAGGCCGGGCGGCGGCGGCGGCGGCGUUGGCGGCGUCGCCCGGGUGUACGAGGCCUACGGCCGCAGGCAGCAGGUAGACCAGGUGCGGCGGGCCCACGAGCUCCGCGUGCGGGAGCGCUCCGUCGACGCCUACGGCCGGGCCGCCCGCCCCGCCGCCCCGGGGGGGGCCCGCCGCCCCCACGGCCCCCGGGGCGGCCCCGACGACAGCAGCCAGUCGUGGGAGCCGGAGCGGGGCAGCCGCAGCGACAGCCGCCAAGAGGGCGACGGCUCCUGGGGCCGGGGGGGCCGCUGAGGCCGGCCUCGGCGCCGGGUUUCGACCCUCCGCGUCGCAUCCGUCCCGCCAUGCCGCGAAUUUGGGGGGGGCAGGGGAGGAAGAUAGCCGGUGUCGCGGGGUGGCCCCCGGCGCCGUGCUCGCCCCAGCCCCACCACGACCCAGCCUCUCCAUUCCCCUUGCUCCCGCGGCCGCCCUCGCCCUCCACGUCCCCCCCCUCCCGGGUGUUAUUCCUCGCUCCUGAGCCCGGCCGAGCGUCUCCCCCAUCCAUCACCUUUGGCACAAGCCGCCCCUCCAGCCAGCGCCGGUGCUGCAGCUCCCCGGCCCUUUUCCCCCUCCACCGGCCGUAUUCAAGCUUGGGGUGUGCUCGAACGCGCUGGGCCGGCGCCGCCCGCGGCAUUGCGGCCGUGCCCGAAAGUAAACGCUGUUUGUACGAUUA